CACAAGUUGAGAGUAAAUCGUCACAUAAUUUCUCUCUACUUUCUCGCUGGGAGAAAUAUUGUUUCCACAAAAGAACUGAAAUCAUCCAGAUAGUGAAGGGGAGAGAGAGCUCAGAAUGGGAGAAGAACGAGCGGAUUCACAGAGGCUGAAGAGAGCAGCAGCGGCAGCUUACGACUACGAGAACGAUCCCAGAUGGGCUGAUUACUGGUCUAACGUUCUGAUCCCUCCUCACAUGUCUUCCCGCCCCGAUGUUGUUGACCACUACAAACGCAAGUUCUACCAGCGCUACAUCGACCCUGAAUUCGUGGUAGAGGCCAUGUCUUCUAGUAGUUCUACUCAGUCAUCCCGACCUUCAGCAACAUCUUCUGCAGUACCCCCUCCUACUAAUGAUCGAAGCCAACCGCGAAGUUCAGGAUCAACGACUCGGACUUCAGGUACAUCUGCAAGUGCAGAUCCUAAUCCAACCCCGUUACGCUGGGAUCGACAAACAAUCCAGUUUUCUGUCAACGCAUGGGUGUUCAUUGUGGCAGUGCUGGCAAUUUUCCCCCUAAUUCCCAAAAAUCUUUCACAGAGGGCAUAUAGGCUUUCUUUUAUGGGCACAGCUUGUUCUUCUUUAUAUUCUUUGUACUCAUUGUAUGGGAAGCCCAGGGCAUGGAAUUUGCAAUCAUUGCAAGCUUAUUUCCAGUCCAUAAUUGCAACAAAAGAUUUCAUUUCCUUCACUUACUGUAUCACCUUUGUGACUUCAAAUAUUUGUCUCAAAUUUGCUUUAAUUCCUAUCCUGUGUCGGGCUGUUGAACAUGUUGCAAAGUUUCUUAGGCGUAAUUUUGCACGUUCGUCCUUAUACAGGAAAUAUAUGGAAGAGCCUUGCGUAUGGGUGGAGUCAAAUUCCACUACUCUUAGCAUCCUAUCUUCGCAGGCUGAGAUUGGACUUGGAUUCAUUUUAAUCAUCUCUUUGCUCUCGUGGCAACGUAACUUCUUACAUACAUUCAUGUACUGGCAGCUGCUAAAGCUCAUGUAUCAUGCUCCUGUCACUUCUGGGUAUCAUCGAAGUGCCUGGGCCAACAUUGCGAGUAUCAUUUCUCCGCUGAUCUACCGCUAUACUCCGUUCCUUAAUACUCCUCUUUCAAUGGCGCAAAGAUGGUGGUUCAGGUAGAAGCUAAUAAUAGAGGAAGAAGAUGUAUCAAAAUUUAUAGACUAAUCCCAGUAGUGACUGUCCUCCCACUUUUUGAAGCUGAAAAUUGGUGUCACCAUGUCUUGAAAAGCAACUUCUUAGAUUCUCACUUGGGUCUGUGGAACAAGUUUGGCUUCCAAAUUCAACUCUUCUUUUGUUCUUUGUUUUCACUAUUGAUAAAAUACACCUUAGGAGAUUAUGUUUGAAAUGUGAAUUAAAGUUUUCUU